AGAAUAUUUGAAUUAAUUAUUAUGGACAAAAUGCCAAUAGGUUAUGUUAAAGGAAAAGGAAAUGUAUAUAUCAAUUUGAAUUCUUAAGCCCCUUGAUAAAAAAGUACCAAAAAACAAAUAAUAUGAUCAUGUCAAAUAAACAUUAAAUACAGGACCAACUGUGAGAGAUAUUGAAGUUGUAAGUAAUGCUAAAAUAGCUAAAAAAAGAUCAGAAUUAUUUAAGCGUAUCAAAUGUUCUACUGUUUUUAACUAUAUUAAUGUAUACUUUAUAUAUAUUAUCAAAGGAAAAUACAGAAUAAGAAACUAUUUAUAAAUUAGCAGAUUAACAAUAAUAAGAAUAAGAACAAUUACAAUAAUUUGAUACAUAAAGUCAAUAUAGUUAAAAGACUAGAUUUACUGAAGUCUCAUAAAUCUCUGCAAUUACUUAUGCUACAGAAUAAUUGGGAAUUACAGAUCAAUCAGAAUUUCUUCUAUUAGAUUUAAGAGAUCCUGAUGAAUUUGAACUUUAUCAUAUAAAAGAAGCUGUCAAUUUCCCUGCUCCUAAUUUAAGAUAAGAUAAAUUAACUUAAUAAAUUCAUAGAUUUGUACAUUUAAAUAUUUAAUUAGAAAAACUAAAAAGAUAAACACAUUAUAAUAUAUCAUUUUGAUGAAAAGAAUGGAAUCCCUUCAGCCACUCUAUUUGCUGAAAAAGGUUUUGAGAAUGUUUAUCUAUUGAGUGGAGGAAUUGAAAAAUUUCUAUAAAAUUAUCCUUAAGGUGUAAUAGGUAUUAAAGUACCCUCAAUUCCAAAACCAGAAGGUAUAAUAUUUAUAUGUAAAAACAGAGAAUCCAAAUAAAAUUAUUAAGAGAUCAAAUUACAAGGAAACUGAUUCCUAAAUCAAUAAAUCAGAAAAGAAUAUUAGUGAUACAAAAUCAUAAAUUAGUUAGAAAACUAAAAUUACUAGAUAAUCAAGCUAAUAAAAAUAAUAAUAAUCUUAAUAUAUUGAUAAAUGA